CUUGGUUACCGUAUCGAAAUUAUGUUUUCUAUUGUGAACUUUUACGUUCUGACUUUAUUGACAUUUCACACUGGAUUUUACAUCAAAACUAAUAAAUACAAUUUGGAAAAUUGCAUUCGUUUCUAAUAAACUGCGAUAUUUGUUAAUUGCUUAACAACUUAGAAAAUAAUAAUUUGAGCAAUUAUAGUUAUGGAAAAAAAUGACAGAUCAACUACCCCACAACCUGCUCCUGAUCAACAGACUCAAGGUGAUGCUCAAUCCGCAGCAACCAAUCUACAAUCAGCCGCGCAACCUCAAUGUAAAAGACCCCGUCCCGAUCUGAGUUCACUACCCACACGCCAAUAUUUAGAUCAAACAGUAGCGCCGAUAUUAUUACACGGAUUACAGACGUUAGCGCGAGAACGACCUGCAGAUCCUAUUAGUUUUUUGGCGGCAUAUCUUCUGAAGAACAAAAACCGUUGCGAGGAAUCAAUACCAGAAAACAUUUAAAUAAUGGAAAUAUCACAAUUAGAUGUUUGCAAUGAAUUAAGGUAAUACUCAUCUGAAAACUAAAAAUUUGUAGUUUAAGAUGAAUUUCAAUUUUUGUAACUACAUGCUGGAUUACCUCAAUAAUUUUGAAGCGUCAACAAUUGAAAUCUGACAUUGUAUUUAUCAUGUAUUUUAUAAAAUAUCUGGCUUUGCAUAAUAAAAA